AUGGCUAAACCACGUCGCGGGAUUAAGUUCAACCACCGGAAUGGACAUAGUUCUGGCGCAGAUGGGCGAAGGAGCAGCUUCUCGGAUAUCAGUGAAGCUGCAUCAGAACCAGGUUCACCAACCAUGGGCAAAACUGGCGUUGAUGGCGCAUUGGAUGUGGCCCCGGUAUCCGAAUAUGAGAAGAAAAAGGCAACUUUUAUUACCCGGUCCAUAUGGACUUUCGUUAUGAUCGGCGCGUUCUUUGGAGCAAUGUUCAUGGGCCACAUCUACAUUAUUGCUAUUGUGACUGCGGUACAGAUCGUCUCUUUCAAAGAAGUUAUCGCAAUUGCAAAUGUUCCCAGCAGGGCGCGACGAUUGAAAUUCACAAAGGCAUUGAACUGGUACUGGUUGGCCACCACCAUGUACUUUCUUUACGGGGAGAGUGUGAUUUACUACUUCAAGCAUAUUGUCUUGGUGGAUAAGGUGCUACUGCCAUUUGCAACACAUCAUAGAUUCAUAAGCUUCAUGCUCUAUGUCAUUGGGUUUGUCUUCUUCGUGGCCUCGCUUCAAGCCGGACACUACCGAUUCCAGUUUACUCAAUUUGCAUGGACUCAUAUGGCUCUAUAUCUUAUUGUGGUACAGGCUCACUUCAUCAUGAACAACGUCUUUGAGGGGAUGAUAUGGUUCUUCCUACCUGUCUCAUUGGUCAUCUGCAACGACAUCUUUGCCUAUAUCUGUGGUAUCACUUUUGGCCGGACGCAGCUCAUCAAGUUAUCACCCAAGAAGACGGUCGAGGGUUUCGUUGGUGCUUGGGUUCUCACAAUCAUCUUUGGAGUCGGCAUGACCAACGUCCUCAUGCGUUACAAAUACUUCAUUUGCCCUGUCAACGACCUUGGAGCAAACAUCUGGACCGGACUUCAAUGUACUCCAAAUCCGGUCUUCCUUCCACGCCUUUAUCACCUUCCGAUCUGGUUUCCCUUCGUCCAAUCUUUCUAUAUGGCACCGAUGCAAGUUCAUAUUCUGGUAUUUGGCACAUUCGCUUCUCUAAUCGCUCCAUUCGGUGGCUUUUUUGCGUCCGGCCUGAAGCGAACCUUCAAGAUCAAGGAUUUUGGUGAUUCAAUUCCAGGCCACGGCGGGAUUACCGAUCGUAUGGACUGCCAAUUUAUCAUGGGGUUCUUCGCCUACAUGUACUAUCACAGUUUCAUUGCGAUCUACAAGGUGUCUCUUGGAGGUGUCAUUGAGAGUGCGAUCAACGGGCUCACACCAGAGGAGCAGAUGGAGCUGGUGAAAGGAAUAAGCAAGCACCUUUACAACCAAGGUGUUAUUCCUGAAGGCGUGUUGGAUUGUAUGAACCUCGCCGUCCGGAGGAGAUGA